AUGGUCGAGAAGCUCUACGUCACGUACAACGAUGUACACAAACUCUGCCAAGAGUCCGCCAUCCCCAUCCUCUCCGAGUUCAAGCCUGACCUCAUGAUCGCCAUCGGCGGAGGCGGCUACGUCCCCGCCCGCAUCCUCCGCUCCUUCCUCAAGCAGCCCGGCAGCCCAAACAUCCCGAUCCAGGCCAUCGGUCUGUCCCUGUACGAGCAGCUCCCCAACGCGGCCGACCAGGUCGUCGAGCAGGUCGGCCACAAGGUCACGCGCACCCAGUGGCUCGACCUCACGGCGCUGGGCUCCAUGAAGAACCUGGUCGGGAAGCGCAUCUUGAUCGUGGACGAGGUGGACGACACGAGGACCACGCUCGAGUACGCCGUCAAGGAGCUCCAGAAGGAUGUCGAGGAGGUGAGGGCCAAGCUUGGUGUGGAUGAGAAGACUGAGUUUGGAAUUUUUGUGCUUCAUAACAAGGACAAGCAAAAGCGCGGCACCCUCCCCGAGGAUGUCACCAACGGCCGCUACUGGGCCGCGAGGACGGUCGGCGACGAGUGGAUCUGCUACCCCUGGGAGGCCAUUGACAUUGACGAGCACGAUGCCAAUGCUGCUGCUGCCUUGGCCAAGAAGUCUCAGGCCUAA